GUACUGAUGAUGAUCUUCCACCAUCACGUCAAAAUAGGAGCGCAAGAGGAGGGCGUGUGACUGGGAAUGGGAGAGUUGCUGUUGGUUUUCUUCCAUACACACCGGUUCAGAAUGAUAUGGAGAGUGAAAUACAUCGACUUGAGCAAGAGGCAUACAGUUCAGUUCUUCGGGCAUUUAAGGCCCAAUCUGAUGCCCUUAAUUGGGAGAAGGAAAGUCUAAUUACCGAACUUAGGAAAGAGUUGAAGUUAUCUGAUGAGGAACAUAGAGAAUUGUUAAGCAGGGUCAAUGCAGAUGACACCAUCUGGAGAAUAAGGCACUGGAGACAGGCAGGUGGGCUCCAAUCUAAUUUACUAAAUAAUGCUCAGCCUGUUCAUGACCCGGCACCGAGUCCUACUGAUUCAGCUUCUCGCAAAAGGCAAAAGACAACGAUACCUUCCCAAUCUUUGGGUGCAUCAUCCCCAGUGCUGCACUCCCAACCAGUUGCUGCUUCCCUGCAGCCAUCAUCAUCAGGUGCAAAGUGGAGAACUACAGCAGGAGCCAAGGGCAAGAAGCCAAAACCCUCCUUGCAGUACCCUUUUACAGGUCCAAGUGGAAGGGGCCAGGUAACAAACAGGAGUUCUUCUGGUGCUCUUGCAACAACUGAACAUGCUGAACCUGCGGCAUAUGAUCCACUGAUUGGGCGGAAGGUCAUGACGAGGUGGCCUGAAGAUAAUAACUUCUAUGAGGCUGUUAUAACAGAUUAUAAUGCUCGUGAGGGUUUACAUGCUCUUGUUUAUGAUAUGAACACAAUGAAUGAAACGUGGGAAUGGGUCAAUGUCAAAGAGAUUCCUCCUGAAUACAUCCGAUGGGAAGGUGAGGAUCCAGGCGUCUCAAAUCGAGUUGGUCGAGGUGAACCCAGCCCAGGAUCUAAGAAGCCUAUGGACCGCAAUGGGUCCAUUCCAGGUGCAGGAAGAGGAAGAGGGUCCUCGAAGAAUUAUUCAGAAGAUUGUUCCUCAGCACAAAAUGGCAUUGGGAAGAAGGCAUUUGAUGACAUAGAAAUACUUCACACACAGACUCUCCUAAAGGAGGUGGAAAGGGUUGUUGGUGCAAGCCACCCAGAUCCUCUUGAAAUUGAAAAGGCAAAGAAAGUGCUGAAAGAGCACGAACAAUCACUAAUUGAUGCGAUUGCAAGGCUUGCUGAUGCAUCUGAUGGUGAAAGUGAGGAGGGCGAGGACCUCACCUGGAAGAUUGAUGGAAAGGGACCGGGCGUGGAAACACAUGCAUCACACUAGGAGCCAGCGUAGAGCAAGUUACGAUGAUGACAAGGUUGGCGAAGCCCAGGGGGGUUCUUAUGGUGAUCGCGUGGCUGGCGAUGGUACGACCUCAGACUCUGAGCAAGAUGGUGAUGGUUGUAACAUGCGGCUCGGCAGCUAAAUUGGCGACAACCCUGAGGCCAUGAAGAGCCCAAGGUGGUACAAGAUGGCCUGCUUUAAGAGUCCCCAAGAACAUCUCCAGGUAGGCUUAUUUUAACUUGCUUCAGACCCUUCCCCCUAAGGGCUCGUUUGGUUCGCGGAAAGCAUUUUCCCUCCUAGAAAUAUGAUUCCUGGAAAGAAGAUUCCUAGGAAGAGA